AUGGAACCCACCACGCCAACCAGUCAGGCCCGGGCGGCGGCCACCAAGCUGUCGGAAGCGGUGGGAGCCGCGCUACAAGAGCCCCAGAGGCAGCGGCGCCUGGUGCUGGUCAUCGUGUGCGUUGCACUGUUACUGGACAACAUGUUGUACAUGGUCAUCGUGCCCAUUGUUCCCGACUAUAUCGCCCACAUGCGAGGGGGCAGCGAGAGCCCUACGCUGGUCUCUGAGGUGUGGGAACCCACCCUGCCGCCACCCACUCAGGCUAAUGCCAGCGCCUACUUGGCCAACACCUCGGCGUCCCCGACGGUUGCCGGGUCUGGUCGGUCAAUCCUGAGGCCUCGCUACCCCACAGAAAGUGAAGAUGUGAAGAUAGGGGUGUUGUUUGCCUCUAAGGCCAUCCUGCAGCUUCUGGUGAACCCCUUGAGCGGGCCUUUCAUUGAUCGCAUGAGCUACGACGUGCCGCUGCUUAUUGGCCUGGGCGUCAUGUUCGCCUCUACGGUCAUGUUUGCCUUUGCAGAGGACUAUGCCACUCUCUUCGCUGCGCGCAGUCUACAAGGCCUGGGCUCAGCCUUCGCGGACACGUCUGGCAUCGCCAUGAUCGCUGACAAGUAUCCGGAGGAGCCUGAGCGCAGUCGUGCCCUGGGCGUGGCACUGGCCUUCAUCAGCUUUGGAAGUCUGGUGGCGCCACCCUUUGGGGGCAUCCUCUACGAGUUCGCCGGCAAACGUGUGCCCUUUCUAGUGCUCGCUGCCGUGUCGCUCUUCGACGCGCUCCUGCUGCUGGCGGUUGCUAAGCCCUUCUCGGCUGCGGCUCGGGCGCGGGCCAACCUGCCUGUGGGCACACCUAUCCAUCGCCUCAUGCUGGACCCUUACAUCGCUGUGGUAGCCGGCGCGCUCACGACCUGUAACAUUCCCCUUGCGUUCCUCGAGCCCACCAUAGCCACGUGGAUGAAGCACACAAUGGCGGCAUCCGAGUGGGAGAUGGGCAUGGCUUGGCUGCCGGCUUUCGUUCCGCACGUGUUAGGCGUCUAUCUCACCGUGCGCCUAGCGGCGCGCUAUCCACACCUGCAGUGGCUGUAUGGCGCUCUCGGGCUGGCGGUGAUUGGAGUGAGUUCGUGCGUCGUGCCUGCCUGCCGCUCUUUCGCGCCGCUAGUGGUCUCGCUCUGCGGCCUCUGCUUCGGCAUCGCGUUAGUGGACACGGCGCUGCUACCCACGCUCGCCUUCCUGGUGGACGUGCGCCACGUAUCAGUCUAUGGCAGCGUCUAUGCUAUAGCUGACAUCUCCUAUUCUGUGGCCUACGCACUAGGGCCCAUAGUGGCAGGCCAUAUCGUCCACUCCCUUGGUUUUGAGCAGCUCAGCCUUGGCAUGGGCCUGGCCAACCUGCUCUACGCACCGGUCCUACUGCUCUUGCGUAACGUGGGUCUCCUUACACGCUCGCGUUCCGAACGCGAUGUGCUGCUUGAUGAACCCCCGCAGGGUCUGUACGAUGCGGUGCGCCUGCGUGAGCGUUCGGUGCAGGGCACCGACGGCGGUGAACCUUGCAGCCCGCCUGGCCCUUUUGAUGGAUGCGAGGACGACUACAGCUACUACACCCGCAGCUAG